CCACCAAGAUGGCGAAGACUCCUUCCAAGAAAUCCGCAAAGGCCCCGAAGAAGGCCGGCGAAGGCAAGGGUAAAGGCAAGAAGGUCAAGCGUGUUGAAUCGUACUCGACCUACAUCUACAAGGUGUUGAAGCAAGUGCACCCCGAAACCGGCAUCUCCAAGCGCGGCAUGUCCAUCAUGAACUCGUUCAUCAACGAUAUCUUUGAACGCAUCGCGUCGGAAGCUGGCAAGCUCAGCCGCUACAACAAGAAGUCGACUUUGUCGUCUCGCGAAAUUCAAACCGCCGUGCGUCUCAUGCUUCCCGGCGAGUUGGCCAAGCACGCCGUGUCGGAAGGCACGAAGGCUGUGACCAAGUUUACGUCGUCGGCUUAAAUCAACUUCCAUUCAGGGCAUGCCCCACGAUCGUCCCCAACCAAGGCAGUGGAUGCCUCUCUUCAUUUGGUGUUUUUCAACACCACCCACUCAGACAGAAAGUUUUAUCGUAUUUUUUCGUGCCAUCUCACUUCAAGACCUGCUUCGACAACUUGUAGGGGAUCACAAGAUGCUUGAUGAAAUUGCGACUCUCCGUGUACCGUACAGUCUCGUUCAAGACAUCCGAGUCCAAGCCCAGCCGCCACGCAAUGUCCUUGCGAGAUGGGUCAUCAUACAGUGCUUCCAGCUCGGCAACGUAUCUAAACGAGUUGACGACAAUGAAAAAUAUCCGACGACAGCCAUGGUGAUUUCGUAC